CCUGUCGUGAGGACCUCCGGCCACCGGUCGAUACGACCUCUUGUGGCGAUGGGGGUGGUGAUUUGGUUACUUGCUGUGGUGCUAACGCUUGGAGCGGCAGCUGGCCCGGCAGAGGCCUCCAAGAAUCACCACUACGAUUUCUUCAUUAAGGAGGCCAACUACACGAGGCUCUGCCAGGAGAAGACCAUCCUCACCGUGAACGGCCAGUUCCCCGGCCCGACCAUCUUCGCGCGCAAGGGCGAUGUCGUGGUCGUCAACGUCUACAACCAAGGCGAUAAGAACAUCACCAUCCACUGGCACGGGGUGGACCAACCCCGGAACCCGUGGUCCGACGGGCCCAUGUACAUAACGCAGUGCCCCAUCCAGCCCGGCGCCAACCUGACCUACACGGUCAUCCUUUCCGAGGAGGAGGGCACCCUCUGGUGGCACGCGCACAGCGACUACGACCGCACCACCAUCCAUGGGGCCAUCGUCAUCCACCCCAAGCUCGGCACUGCCUUCCCGUUCAAGACGCCUCACAAGGAGAUACCCAUCAUCCUCAGUGAGUGGUGGAAUGCUGACGUGAACCAGCUGCUCGAGGAGUCCAGGAAGACCGGCGGCGAGGUCAGCAUUUCAGACGUUAACACCAUCAACGGCCAGCCGGGGGACUUCUUCCCGUGCUCCAAGAACGGCACCUUCAAGGCGGCCGUCGAGAGCGGCAAGACGUACCUGCUCCGGAUCAUCAACGCGGGGCUCGCCAACGACCUCUUCUUCGGCGUCACGGGGCACCGCCUCACCGUGGUCGGCACCGAUGCCCGCUACACGAAGCCGUUCACCGUCAACAAUAUCCUGAUCUCGCCCGGACAGACCGUGGAUGCGCUCCUCCAUGCCGACCGCGCCGUGAACGGCUCCUCGAACGGCAGGUACUACAUGGCGGCCCGGACGCUGGCGUCCAACACCGACAUCGGGUACGACAACACCACCGCCACGGCCAUCCUGGAGUACACGGACGCGCCGCCCGCCGCGCGGGCCGGCAGGCCAGACUCCCCUACCCUUCCGGCCUUCAAUGACCUCAAUGCGUCGGCGGCGUACACGGCGCAGCUCCGUUCCCUGGGCAGCAAGGCCCACCCGGUAGACGUGCCGAUGGACGUCGACGAGCACAUGCUCAUCACCAUCGCCGUCAACGUGGUCCCCUGCGCCACAGGCAACACGACGUGCGAGGGGCCAGGCGGCAACCGGUUCGCGGCGAGCCUCAACAACGUCAGCUUCCACCUCCCUACCCUCGACAUCCUCGACGCCUACUAUGGCUCCGUCCGCGGCGUGUACGAGACGGACUUCCCCGACAUGCCGCCCUUCGUCUUCAACUUCACCGACAACAACGUCCCCGUGGAGCGCUGGUUCACCAAGCGCGGCACCAAGGUGAAGGUGCUGGAGUAUGGCGCCGUCGUGGAGGUGGUGUUCCAGGACACGGCCAUCCUUGGCGCGGAGAACCACCCCAUGCACCUGCACGGCUUCUCCUUCUAUGUGGUAGGGAUGGGGUUAGGAAACUUCAACCAGACCAAGGACCCAGCUACCUAUAACUUGAUCGACCCACCGUUUCAGAACACCGUCACCGUGCCAAAGUCUGGUUGGGCGGCAAUUCGCUUCCGAGCAGCAAAUCCUGGUGUGUGGUUCAUGCAUUGUCACUUUGAACGUCAUUCGGAGUGGGGAAUGGACACUGUGUUCAUCGUGAAGGAUGGCAAGACUCCUGAGGCUAAAAUGAUGCGUCGUCCACCGGGCAUGCCUAGGUGUUAAGUGCCGUGACUUUUUGGGGCGUGACCAAAAUAUGCAGCACAAACAAGUUAAUUAGUUUCUUUAGUCGAUUGAUUGAUUAAUCAACAGAUCUAUUGAGCUUGUUGUAUUUAUUGAUAUUCUUUUUAUUU